UUUUGGCUGAACACGGGUAUUUUGAGCAGAUUUGCUCCGUAUGAUGGAGCAUUUUGCUCAACGACAGAGGUAUAGACAAUAUUUAACUCCUGACGUGACUUUAUUUUUAUUCGAGAGAUCUCCUUCUUUUCCCUUCACAUUCUUACUGCAGAACCUUCACCAUUUCUUCGCUCUUCUCCAGCGCCUUCAGAAGGCCUUCUAAGAAUGCUUUCCAAAGAUUCAGGGUCCGACCCCAAGGGACCUACCCGAACGAUCGAUGACCACCCCGAAGACUCUGACACCUUGAGUUUGGAGCAAGAAAACGAGAGGGAAAUUAUCGAACAUCCUCAGGAUGUAACCCAAAAGGCACAGGCUGGAGUGCAAAAAGCAGAAGCAGCGGCGCUGGUGUGGUCCAAGCCGGCUCUGUAUAGUACAUAUGUUCUGAUCUGGGUCUGUUUCUUCGUUUUGUCCAUGCAAUCCUCUAUCAGUAACAACAUGAUAUACUACGCCUACGCAAGCUUUGCUUCAGCGCCACAAAUCUCCCAAUCUUUCAUUCUAGCAACAAUCAUCGGCGGAGUAAUCCAGCUUCCCAUCGCAAAGAUGCUCAAUCUAUGGGGUCGUGCCGAGGGUUUCCUGAUCUUUCUAUCCAUCUUUAUCCUUGGUCUCAUCGUGAUCGCCUCCUGUGAUGGACCGAAGGGAUUUGCAGCUGGCUACACCUUGUAUAAUGUCGGCUACACAGCUUUGAACUUUAUCUUGAGUGUCUUCGUCGCUGACGCAUCCGGCCUACGGAAUCGAGCGUUUGCCUACGCCUUUACCGGGACUCCAUCGAUCUGUACCGCAUUUGUUGGCCCGCUCGCUGCUCAAGCUCUUUAUGAACAUUCGACCUGGCGUUGGGCUUAUGGAUGUUUUGCUAUUAUUGCCUUUGUCAUAUUUACCCCUCUUGCUCUGAUCUUCAAAUUUUAUCAACGAAAGGCGGAGAAACUGAACAUUCUCGUGCGGGAACACAGUGGUCGCACUUUGUGGCAGUCAAUCGUUUAUGUUUUCCAUGAGUUCGACGUUAUUGGAGUCUUUCUACUUAUGGCCGCCUUCAUUCUAUUCCUACUACCCUUCAGCCUCGAGACCUACGGCUACAGCGGAUAUUCCUCUGCAACAUUCAUUGCCAUGGUUGUAAUUGGCAUCCUACUAUUCCCGGUAUUCAUUGUUUGGGAGCGGUUCUUUGCCAGAACCGAGUUCAUCAAGUGGAGGCUUUUUAGGUCACGGACAGUCAUUGGAGCUUGUGGCUUGUCUGCUGUCAUCUUUUUCAACUACUAUGUCUGGGAUCAGUAUUUUUACUACUAUGUACAAGUUGUCUAUAACCUCGACACAUCGAAAACUGGAUACAUGACGGAGAUUUAUAGUGUAGGGUCGACUAUCUGGGCUGUGAUGUUUGGUAUUUGGAUCCGCCAGACCAAACAUUUCAAAAACAUUUGCCUCUAUUUCGGCGCGCCGUUGAUGCUACUUGGAGCAGGUCUGAUGAUUCACUUCCGUGGCACGCAAAGCCAGAUUGGAUACCUUAUAAUGUGUCAAAUACUCAUCGCCUUUGGAGGUGGAACCCUUGUCAUCGGCGAUGAGAUGGCCGCCAUGGCUGCCGCAGAUCGUGACGGCGUCCCCUUAAUGAUCGCCAUGCUCAGUCUGUCCUCUAGCAUUGGAGGGGCUAUCGGAUACGCUGUUGCAAGCGCUAUAUACACCAACACCUUCCCAAGCGCUUUGUUAAGAGCCCUCCCGGAUUCUGCCAAAGCGGACUAUGAGACCAUCUAUCUUGGAGGUUCGACCACUCAGCUACAGUAUCCUCCCGGCAGUGAUGUUAGAAAUGCGAUCAACUACGCUUGGGCACAGAGCCAAAAGUACGAGUGUAUUGCGGCUGCAGCUGUUGUAGUUCUCGCAUUCCCAGCUAUUGCUGUUUGGAAGAACUAUAAUGUUGAUAGGAAGCAAGUGAAGGGAACUGUAAUCUAGGCUCUGCAUGCAUACAAUGUGGGCCCUAGUUAGGAAUUUGAGAAUGUUAGCUAUAGCAGUUGUAAGUAGUUACCAAUUAGUAAUUCGCAUAACAGAACACAAUGGUAUAACCUUGGAAGUGCAGGGUUGACUAGAAUCACGGCUCGAUGCAUCCGUGAGAACUGAACCUUUAAUCAUAAGAGCUUUAGAAUAUACAAUUGUG